AAGUCUGUUUUUUUCUCUUCUGUUUCAGUGUAUCUGCUGUCACGAAUGCCUCAGUCUGUCGUCUCAACGUCUGGACAUGAACCUCUUUCAGGAGUCCCGCUGCUCCAUUUUAGGAGUUCUCCUGGUUUUCUUUCUCCAAGGGUCAUGUGCUGAUCCAGAUGUUGAGGUGCACAAAGCUGUUGGAGACUCUCUGGAAUUAAUCGCUGAUUAUCCAAAAAAAGAUCUUGAAGUGCAGUGGAAAUAUAAUAUGAUUACAUUUGCUGAGUAUCGAAAUGAUGAUUUCCAAAAAGUGAAAUCUGAAUUAUUUAAUAACAGGUUAAAGAUGAAUGAAAACGAUAUUAGUGUAACAGUAACAGAGCUUACACUCCAGGAUUCUGGAAGAUUUGUUAUUGUUGCAGUAAGUAAAUCUGAACAAUAUAAAACAAAAGUCUCUGUACUACAUGUUCAUGGGUCAUGUGCUGAUCCAGAUGUUGAGGUGCACAAAGCUGUUGGAGACUCUCUGGAAUUAAUCGCUGAUUAUCCAAAAAAAGAUCUUGAAGUGCAGUGGAUAUAUAAUGAUACUAUAUUUGCUGAGUAUCGAAAUGAUAAUCUCCAAAAAGUGAAAUCUGAAUUAUUUAAUAACAGGUUAAAGAUGAAUGAGGACAAUAUUAGUGUAACAGUAACAGACCUUACACUCCAGGAUUCUGGAAGAUUUUCUAUUGUUGCAGAAAUUAUAAGUACUGCUAAACAAUAUAAAACAAAAGUCUUUUUGCUAUAUGUUCAUGAUCUCAUCAGAGAGGUAAAGAUUGAGUACAAUUAUGUCUGGCUGCAAUCAGAAAACAUCUGCAUGUUUCAUCUUCGGUGUGUGGCGUCUGGUGAUCAGAAUCUCUCCUACAGCUGGAUCAGUCCUCAGACUCAAGGAUCACAGCUGAAUAUCAGCCUCAGUUUAGCAGAGAGCGCUACACUCAACUGCACAGCCAACAACACCGUCAGCGUUAAGUACACUACCAAGACUGUAGUGUGCACAGAGAAAUAGGGCAGUUCUGUGUAAAAACUUAAAUGAUUAAAUUCUCAAAGGAUUAUACAGUUUACAAAAAGAUUACUAUGAAAUAAAGACAAACUUAGAAACAAGCCACUCAUUUUUGGAGACCCAAUUGAAGGACAAGGUUAUGUAUAUUUGUUGAUUUGCUCUUAAAUGAUCUUGUUAGAUUAUAAUUCAUCAUGAUAUGUACACAAGCAAUUUUAAGAUCUGUACAUUUAAACAACAUUAACACAAUUAAAAAUCAAAUCUCUUCAAGCCACCAGUUAUACAGCAUUAUUAUUUAUCUUAUUUACUUGUUUAUUUCUGAUUAAAUGAACUUGCAAACAC